AUGGACUUUCGCAAAGCACGAGCGCGACAACCUGAAAUUGUACGCUCUGUACAAAAAGAUGCAAAGUAUACGGGUGAACUUUCCGAGGACUUUUCCGACAUAUUAAGACUGACUGGACCGCGAAACUGGAUCAAGUACAACUCCUUAACGAAAUUGCUAGCGGAGAUAUCGUAUCAUGGGUUCGCUUCAUUGAAUAAUUUGCAAACGCUUGGGGAAGAGUAUACAGGAAUAAUACAGGUCGACUCUGCGUAUAAGCAAAUUCCGUCAAGUUUGUUACAACUUUCAGCAAUCAUAUUGGAGUUUGGUGGAGAUACAGUGUAUCUAAAGGUUCUACAGAAACUAGGAAAGUAUGUGGAAGAACACGAUGAUAUUGUACCGGAAGCGAAACAAAGGAUUAAGGCUAUUAUACAGUUCAUGCAAAUUUCACCAUCAUACGUCAAAGCCCUGCACAAAUCCCUGUUUUAUUUACGCUCUGAUAAGUAUCAACUAUCGAAACGCCUUACAGGUAUUAAUUAUGUGCUUAUUCGACACUGGCUACAACCUGAGUUUUCGCUGUACGGUUACAAGAUAUUGGGAAUUGUGACAUUUCUACAAGUAACAUUUUCUGCUGCAAUAGCUGCAUUUGAUACAUGGAAGGAGCAUAAGAGAAAACAAUAUGAAGUUUCAAAAUCAAUUAAGCGUUUCAUCCAAAAGGAUUUGUAUACGACAAGGAAUGACCGGCUAAAUGCUCCACAAUGUAUUUUAUGUUUAGAACCGCGCAUGGCUCCCAGCCUGACACCCUGUGGUCACUUAUUUUGCUGGAACUGUCUUCUAGACUGGCUGGAUGAGCGUGAUGAAUGUCCGCUAUGUCGGGAAACUUUAAAAAAAUCCCAAAUAGUGCAAUUGCAAAAUUACUCGUAA